GCGGCCGGGGCUGCAGGCGGCGGAGCGGCUGGAAGAAGUUGGAUUCCAUGGGUUCCAAGAGACGAAGAGCUACCUCCCCUUCCAGCAGUGUCAGCGGGGACUUUGAUGACGGGCAUCAUUCUGUGUCUACACCAGGCCCAAGCAGGAAAAGGAGGAGACUUUCUAAUCUUCCAACUGUAGAUCCUAUUGCUGUUUGCCAUGAACUCUACAACACCAUCCGAGACUAUAAGGAUGAUCAGGGCAGACUCCUCUGUGAGCUCUUCAUUAGGGCACCAAAGCGAAGAAAUCAACCAGACUAUUAUGAAGUGGUUUCUCAACCCAUUGACUUGAUGAAAAUCCAACAGAAACUAAAAAUGGAAGAGUAUGAUGAUGUUAAUCUGCUGACUGCUGACUUCCAACUGCUUUUUAACAACGCAAAGGCCUAUUAUAAGCCAGAUUCUCCUGAAUAUAAAGCUGCUUGCAAACUCUGGGAUUUGUAUCUUCGAACAAGAAAUGAGUUUGUUCAGAAAGGAGAAGCAGAUGAUGAAGAUGAUGAUGAAGAUGGACAAGACAAUCACGGCGCAGUGACUGAAGGAUCUUCUCCAAGUUACCUUAAAGAGAUCCUGGAGCAGCUUCUUGAAGCCAUUGUUGUAGCCACAAAUCCAUCAGGACGGCUCAUUAGUGAACUUUUUCAGAAACUGCCUUCUAAAGUGCAAUAUCCAGACUAUUAUGCAAUAAUUAAGGAGCCUAUAGAUCUCAAGACCAUUGCACAGAGGAUACAGAAUGGAAGCUACAAAAGUAUUCAUGCAAUGGCCAAAGAUAUAGAUCUCCUAGCAAAAAAUGCCAAAACUUAUAAUGAGCCUGGUUCUCAAGUAUUCAAGGAUGCAAAUUCAAUUAAAAAAAUAUUUUAUAUGAAAAAGGCAGAAAUUGAACAUCAUGAAAUGGCUAAGUCAAGUCUUCGAAUGAGGACUCCAUCAAAUUUGUCAGCGACCAGGCUGACAGGCCCUUCGCACAGUAAAGGCAGCCUUGGUGAAGAGAGAAAUACCACUAGCAAGUAUUAUCGUAAUAAAAGAGCAGUCCAAGGGGGCCGUUUGUCAGCAAUUACCAUGGCACUUCAGUAUGGCUCAGAAAGUGAAGAGGAUGCUGCAUUAGCUGCUGCACGUUAUGAAGAAGGAGAGUCAGAAGCUGAGAGCAUCACUUCCUUCAUGGAUGUUUCAAAUCCCUUUUAUCAGCUGUAUGACACAGUUAGGAGCUGUCGGAAUAACCAAGGGCAACUAAUAGCUGAACCUUUUUUCCAUUUGCCUUCAAAGAAGAAAUAUCCUGAUUAUUACCAGCAAAUUAAAAUGCCCAUAUCACUACAACAGAUUAGAACAAAAUUAAAGAACCAAGAAUAUGAAACUUUAGAUCAUUUGGAGUGUGAUCUGAAUUUAAUGUUUGAAAAUGCCAAGCGCUAUAAUGUUCCCAAUUCAGCCAUCUAUAAACGAGUUCUAAAAUUGCAGCAAGUCAUGCAGGCAAAGAAGAAAGAGCUUGCCAGAAGAGAUGACAUAGAGGAUGGAGACAGCAUGAUCUCUUCAGCCACCUCUGAUACUGGUAGUGCCAAAAGAAAAAGUAAAAAGAACAUAAGAAAACAGCGAAUGAAAAUCUUAUUCAAUGUUGUUCUUGAAGCUCGAGAGCCAGGUUCAGGCAGAAGACUUUGUGAUCUAUUUAUGGUUAAACCGUCCAAGAAGGACUAUCCUGAUUAUUAUAAAAUCAUCUUAGAGCCAAUGGAUUUGAAAAUAAUUGAGCAUAAUAUCCGCAAUGACAAAUAUGCAGGUGAAGAGGGAAUGAUAGAAGACAUGAAGCUGAUGUUCAGGAAUGCGAGGCACUACAAUGAAGAGGGCUCCCAGGUAUACAAUGAUGCCCAUAUCCUGGAGAAGUUACUCAAGGAUAAAAGGAAAGAGCUGGGGCCGCUGCCUGAUGAUGAUGACAUCACAUCUCCCAAACUCAAACUGAGUAGAAAGAGUGGUGUUUCUCCUAAAAAAUCAAAAUACAUGACCCCAAUGCAGCAGAAACUAAAUGAAGUCUAUGAAGCUGUAAAGAACUAUACUGAUAAAAGAGGUCGCCGCCUCAGUGCCAUAUUUCUGAGGCUUCCUUCCAGAUCUGAGUUGCCUGACUACUAUCUGACCAUUAAAAAGCCCAUGGACAUGGAAAAAAUUCGAAGUCAUAUGAUGGCCAACAAGUACCAAGAUAUAGACUCUAUGGUUGAGGACUUCGUCAUGAUGUUUAAUAAUGCCUGUACAUACAAUGAGCCUGAGUCUUUGAUCUAUAAAGAUGCCCUUGUCCUACAUAAAGUCCUGCUUGAAACUCGGAGAGACCUGGAGGGAGAUGAGGAUUCUCAUGUCCCAAAUGUGACCUUGCUGAUUCAAGAGCUUAUCCAUAAUCUUUUUGUGUCGGUCAUGAGUCAUCAGGAUGAUGAGGGACGAUGCUACAGUGAUUCCUUAGCAGAAAUUCCUGGUGUGGAUCCCACUUUUCCUAACAAACCUCCCCUUACUUUUGACAUUAUUAGGAAGAAUGUUGAAAAUAAUCGCUACCGGCGGCUUGAUUUAUUUCAAGAGCAUAUGUUUGAAGUAUUGGAAAGGGCAAGAAGGAUGAAUCGGACAGAUUCCGAAAUAUAUGAGGAUGCAGUAGAACUUCAGCAGUUUUUUAUUAGAAUUCGUGAUGAACUCUGCAAAAAUGGAGAGAUCCUUCUUUCUCCAGCACUCAGCUAUACCACAAAGCAUUUGCAUAAUGAUGUGGAGAAAGAAAAAAAGGAAAAAUUACCAAAAGAAAUAGAGGAAGAUAAACUAAAACGAGAAGAAGAAAAAAGAGAAGCUGAAAAGAGUGAAGAUUCGUCAGGUGCUACUGGCCUGUCAGGCUUACAUCGCACAUACAGCCAGGACUGCAGCUUUAAGAACAGCAUGUACCAUGUUGGAGAUUAUGUCUAUGUGGAACCUGCAGAAGCCAACCUACAACCACAUAUAGUCUGUAUUGAGAGACUGUGGGAAGAUUCAGCUGGUGAAAAAUGGUUGUAUGGCUGUUGGUUUUAUCGGCCAAAUGAAACAUUCCAUCUGGCUACGCGAAAAUUUCUAGAAAAAGAAGUUUUUAAGAGUGACUAUUACAAUAAAGUUCCUGUUAGUAAAAUUCUAGGCAAAUGUGUGGUCAUGUUUGUCAAGGAAUACUUUAAAUUAUGCCCAGAAAGCUUUCGAGAUGAGGAUGUUUUUGUCUGUGAAUCACGAUAUUCUGCUAAAACAAAAUCUUUUAAGAAAAUUAAAUUGUGGACUAUGCCCAUCAGUUCAGUUAGAUUUGUCCCUCGAGAUGUACCUCUGCCUGUGGUUCGAGUUGCCUCUGUAUUUGCAAAUGCAGAUAAAGGGGAUGAUGAGAAGAAUACAGAUAACUCAGAGGACAGUCGAGUUGAAGAUAAUUUUAACUUGGAAAAGGAAAAAGAAGAUGUCCCUGUGGAAAUGUCCAACGGUGAACCAGGUUGCCACUACUUUGAGCAGCUUCGUUACAAUGACAUGUGGCUGAAGGUUGGCGACUGUGUCUUCAUCAAGUCCCAUGGUCUGGUGCGCCCCCGCGUGGGCAGAAUUGAAAAAGUGUGGGUCCGAGAUGGAGCUGCAUAUUUUUAUGGCCCCAUUUUCAUUCACCCAGAAGAAACAGAGCAUGAGCCCACAAAAAUGUUCUACAAAAAAGAAGUGUUUCUGAGUAAUCUGGAAGAAACCUGUCCCAUGACAUGUAUUCUGGGAAAGUGUGCUGUGUUGUCAUUCAAGGACUUCCUCUCCUGCAGGCCAACUGAAAUACCAGAAAAUGACAUUCUGCUUUGUGAGAGUCGCUACAAUGAGAGUGACAAGCAGAUGAAGAAAUUCAAGGGACUGAAGAGGUUUUCACUCUCUGCUAAAGUGGUAGAUGAUGAAAUUUACUACUUCAGAAAACCAAUUGUUCCUCAGAAAGAGCCCUCACCUUUGUUGGAAAAGAAGAUCCAAUUGCUAGAAGCUAAAUUUGCUGAGUUAGAAGGUGGAGAUGAGGAUGUUGAAGAGAUGGGAGAAGAAGAUAGUGAGGUCAUUGAACCUCCUUCUCUACCUCAGCUUCAGACUCCCCUGUCCAGUGAACUGGACCUCAUGCCCUACACACCCCCACAGUCUACCCCAAAGUCUGCCAAAGGCAGUGCAAAGAAGGAAGGCUCCAAACGGAAAAUCAACAUGAGUGGCUACAUCCUGUUCAGCAGUGAGAUGAGAGCUGUGAUUAAGGCCCAGCACCCAGACUACUCUUUUGGGGAGCUCAGCCGACUGGUGGGGACAGAGUGGAGAAACCUUGAGACAGCCAAGAAAGCAGAAUAUGAAGAGCGGGCAGCUAAAGUUGCUGAGCAGCAGGAGAGAGAGCGAGCAGCACAGCAACAACAGCCGAGUGCUUCUCCCCGAGCAGGCACCCCUGUGGGGGCUCUCAUGGGGGUGGUGCCACCACCAACACCAAUGGGGAUGCUCAAUCAGCAGUUGACACCUGUUGCAGGCAUGAUGGGUGGCUAUCCGCCAGGCCUUCCACCUUUGCAGGGCCCAGUUGAUGGCCUUGUUAGCAUGGGCAGCAUGCAGCCACUUCACCCUGGGGGGCCUCCACCCCACCAUCUUCCGCCAGGUGUGCCCGGCCUCCCGGGCAUCCCACCACCGGGUGUGAUGAACCAAGGAGUGGCCCCUAUGGUAGGGACUCCAGCACCAGGUGGAAGUCCAUAUGGACAACAGGUGGGAGUUUUGGGGCCUCCAGGACAGCAGGCACCACCUCCAUAUCCUGGCCCACAUCCAACUGGACCUCCUGUUAUACAGCAGCCAACAACACCCAUGUUUGUGGCUCCCCCACCGAAGACCCAGCGACUUCUUCACUCCGAGGCCUACCUGAAAUACAUUGAAGGACUCAGUGCUGAGUCCAAUAGCAUUAGCAAAUGGGACCAAACUCUAGCAGCUCGAAGACGUGAUGUCCAUUUGUCAAAAGAACAGGAGAGCCGCCUCCCCUCUCACUGGCUCAAAAGUAAAGGGGCCCACACCACCAUGGCAGAUGCCCUCUGGCGUCUACGGGAUUUGAUGCUUCGAGACACCCUCAACAUUCGCCAAGCGUACAACCUAGAAAACGUUUAGUAACAUCAUGUUUUGUUUUUUGUUUUUCUUUUUAUAGAAGCAUAAAGAGUUGUGGAACAGUAGCCAUUUUAGUUACUGGGGGUGGGGGGAAGGAACAAAGGAUGAUGAUUUUUAUUGCAUUUUACUGUACAUCACAAGGCCAUUUUUAUAUAAGGACACUUUUAAUAAGCUAUUUCAAUUUGGUUUUGUUAUAUUAAGUUGACUUUAUCAAAUACACAAAGAUUUUUUGGCAUAUGUUUCCUUUGUUUAAAACCAGUUUCAUAAUUGGUUAUAUAUGUAGACUUGGAGUUUUAUCUUUUUACUUGUUGCGAUGGGACUGAAACCAUCCAAGGUUUUGUCUUGGCUUGGGGUUUUGGGGGGGUUUUGUUUUGUUUCGUUUGGGGUUUUUUGUUUUGUUUUGUUUUGUUUUUUUACAAAAGAAAAAAAUGAAAAAAAAAACACAAGAGUUUACAGAUUAGUUUAAGUUGACAAUGAAAUGUGAAGUUGGUCCUAGUUUACAUCUUAGAGAGGGUAGCGUGUUUGUAUAUGUUUCAUGUGCCUGAAUAUCUUAAGCCACUUUCCCAAAAAGCUGUUUCUUACAGGUAAAGUGAAGUGCUUUCUUUGAAAGGUUGUUUAGAUUAUGGGUGUUUGAGAGACAUGGCACAUUUGCUCUGUUAACUCAGAGGCUCACUAUAGAAAUCUGUGGUCAAUGUUGUGUGUCCACCCACAGCCUGUGUGCCUCCCAAAUUCCUGGAGGGAAUGCAGUUUUUCUUGUGCCGAGUUAGACAUCUAUGGUGUCAAGUGGUUUUGCAGAACAUGUUCAUAGCCCUGAAUUAUAUCUAGUCUUGGCAGGUAAGUUUAAGGGUACUUUUGAUCUGUUUCUAAUGAAUUCACAACUUAUGCCUAUAUAUGUUAGAUGAGUUUGAAAUUUCAAAUCUAUUACAUUGAAAACUUCAAAGUUCAUCUUGAGGAAAGCAUAGAGGUAUGCAUGGAGGUGAUUUAUUUUUAAGCAUAACACUUAACAUAAGGAAGGAAGUGUGUAAUUGGAUCUGAGCUGUGUCAUGAGCAUAAUUGUGACAUACGGUAGAUUACCUGCACUUGCAAAUGUUUCAUAGUCAUUAUUUCUUUAUUAUCAGUUGUGGCAUUUUUUUUUCUUCUAAGUUUCAGGGUUGUAAUUCUCAAUCAGAAAUUUAUUUCUUCCUAAAAUAUGUUUUUCAAUUUAGCUUGUGCUUUUGAAUUAUAGGAGAAGGGAAUCAUAAUUUAAGAAAAAUGCUCACUAAAGAGACCAUUAUGGAUCCCAAACCCUUGGGUUUGGUGACCUUGUCUUUCUUAUAUGGCCCUAGAAUAAACAUUUGGAGGCAGCAUAUGCUGCUUAGAUGGUAGGAAACUGCAAACAUGGAACAUUACUUCACUUGGUGGUGUGUUUCUGAAACCUGCUUUAUUGUAACAGGAUGGUUGCAUUGUCAAGGUGAAGCUUCCACACUGCUGUUUGUAAGUUGAGAGAGUGACUUGCAGAGGGUACUUUUUUCCUUUUAAUCUGCUCUGAAUCAAUACCCAGAUGUUUAAUUACCAUACUUAAUAAAUCAUGAGGGCAAAAGAGUAUAGAAUGGAAAAAAGUCUGUUGUAUCUAGAUAAUUACAAGGAGGCCCUUGUAAUUUAAUUGCCAUUAGUCAACCACUGGAUCUCAGUUUGCAUCAAGUAUUUUAAAUAAUUUUGAAUUUUAAAAAAUGUAUUGCAGUAGUAUUUCAGUACCUUAUUGUUAAACUAAAUCAGAUAAAGAAAUCUCCAAUUCCUGGUUAUUUCGACCAUUGAAUCAUCAUGGACUGUGUAAUGCAAUCAGAUUCUUUUCUUUUUAGACAUCCUUGAAUUACACCAAAGAACCUGAAACUUAAUUUUGGUUAAAUUAUUUAUUUAUUUCAUACAUUCAUUUUAUUUCCCUUUUUAAGGUCUGGAUGAGACUUUUUGGGGGAACUUCUAAAAACUCUUCACUGUGGGCCACAGGGGCACUUAGAAGCAGAGCGCUCCUCCUCCAGGCUCCUUCCCAGUACCUUAGGAGCUCCUUAAGGCAGUGCAGAGCCAGCCCAGGGUGCCAAUAGGCAGGCCCUAAUUAAGUUUAAAAAUAAAAUAAACUAUUUAUUUUAGAAUCAUGUCUUUCUAUGUACUAACUUGGAGAAUAUCAGUUAAUAUUUAGAAUAUAAGAUUUGAGGUGAACCAUCUUCCUGAAAAGAAAAAUAAAAACGUCCUGACAUAAGAAAGUACAGGUAAACAGUACAUCUUUUCUCCCAUGAGUUUUAGGAACUGUAGUAAUGUGGCUUAGAAAGUAUAAUGACCUAAAUGUUUUUAAAAUGUAAGUUCCUGUGGAGAAGAACUUUGUUCAUUUGGAGGGAGGGGCCUAUAGAUUUAAAAUAGAAUGUUUGUCAGCUGAUUUAAAAGGCCUUUAAUUGAUUUGUUUUUUAACUCACCCUCCUCUUCCGAAGAGGAAGAAUUGAGGGGAGGACAGUUACUUGUGUAAAAUCCCCAAAUUGAUGGUAUUAACUUCUCAGCUUGAACCUUUCCAGACCUGAUUAAAAUUUGGUUUAUUCUAAUUUCUGUAUCAUAUCAUCAUCUGAGGUUUAAGUGGUUACUAGUCUUAUAACAUGUAUGUAUCAUAUGUUUGUUCAUUUAAAGCUUUUUAAUCCAAAUAAAAAUGGAGUUUGCAAAGUGA